UUUCUUUUUUUUUUUGCCCCCAGUGGCUGCUAUAAAAGUUGGUGCAACAACGAAAUCCGGUUGAAAGACCAACAUGGACGCCAGCUACUUUGCCGUCCAGAGAAGAGCUCUGGAAAUAGUUGGAUUCGAUCCCAGUACUCCGCAACUGAGUCUGAAACAUCCCAUCUGGGCCGGGAUUCUCAUCCUGUCCUUGAUCUCUCACAACUGGCCCAUGGUAGUCUAUGCCCUGCAGGAUCUCUCCGACUUGACCCGUCUGACGGACAACUUUGCGGUGUUUAUGCAAGGAUCACAGAGCACCUUCAAGUUCCUGGUCAUGAUGGCGAAACGAAGGCGCAUUGGAUCGUUGAUUCACCGUUUGCAUAAGCUAAACCAGGCGGCCAGUGCCACGCCCAAUCACCUGGAGAAGAUCGAGAGGGAAAACCAACUGGAUAGGUAUGUCGCCAGGUCCUUUAGAAAUGCCGCCUACGGAGUGAUUUGUGCCUCGGCCAUAGCGCCCAUGUUGCUUGGCCUGUGGGGAUAUGUGGAGACGGGUGUAUUUACCCCGACCACACCCAUGGAGUUCAACUUCUGGCUGGACGAGCGAAAGCCUCACUUUUAUUGGCCCAUCUACGUUUGGGGCGUACUGGGCGUGGCAGCUGCCGCCUGGUUGGCCAUUGCAACGGACACCCUGUUCUCCUGGCUGACUCACAAUGUGGUGAUUCAGUUCCAACUACUGGAGCUUGUUCUCGAAGAGAAGGAUCUGAAUGGCGGAGACUCUCGCCUGACCGGGUUUGUUAGUCGUCAUCGUAUAGCUCUGGAUUUGGCCAAGGAACUAAGUUCGAUUUUCGGGGAGAUCGUCUUUGUGAAAUACAUGCUCAGUUACCUGCAACUCUGCAUGUUGGCCUUUCGCUUCAGCCGCAGUGGCUGGAGUGCCCAGGUGCCAUUUAGAGCCACCUUCCUAGUGGCCAUCAUCAUCCAACUGAGUUCGUAUUGCUAUGGAGGCGAGUAUAUAAAGCAGCAAAGUUUGGCCAUCGCACAAGCCGUUUAUGGUCAAAUCAAUUGGCCAGAAAUGACGCCAAAGAAAAGAAGACUCUGGCAAAUGGUGAUCAUGAGGGCGCAGCGACCGGCUAAGAUUUUUGGAUUCAUGUUCGUUGUGGACUUGCCACUGCUGCUUUGGGUCAUCAGAACUGCGGGCUCAUUUCUGGCCAUGCUUAGGACUUUCGAGCGUUAGCCCAUCAAAUCGAAGCUUGAGAAUAGUUACCUCUUAAUGAACAAAAAUGAUUAUAAUUUCUUAAUCAAUCAAUAAUCUUUAAUAGUCGAGUACAUUUAUUUGGAAAUAUUCAUGGGCAAGCGAUCCAAACAUCCACAACCCAACUCCAAUCAGUUGCCAUUUGGACGAGCAUGUUUUUGACGGGCUCAGCUGCCCCGAAGGGAUCUCAUGCCCCAGGUUGAUGCCACUGCAGGCAGAUGGAGGAGCAUAUGAAAUUCAUGAGGGCAUUCCACAAAGGCAGCUAGCGAAGCCAGCUCAUGCGUGUGGCCAUGAUGUCAGUCGUGUGUGCAUAUGGGUACUCGUAUGUAUUGUAUGUAUAUAGAUGUAUACACCAGGUAGUCGGAAUUUGUUAGUAUGAAAGUACGAAAGUAUGCAACAUCAGCAGCAUCGUUCAGGUGGGGAACAAGUUGCUGAAAAAUAGCUACUCAAACUAUGUGCACCAUGCUGCUUGCCAGCCAAUGGCCUCGGGCUCCUUUUUCGACUCAGCCCGGGUCUUGAGCUAGUUUCGGGGCUUCGGGAUCAGGAUCAGGUGGAAUGCGGACCUAAGAACCCUGCCCUUAUCCUUCGUGCCUUGCGGAAUGUUGCCUGCUACGGAAUUUCUGGCUUGAUGUUGCCGAGAUUCGAAUUCAGUCGGAGGCUAAGUCGCUUGAACGGAAUUUGUUUUAUUAAAUUUUACAACUCGGUAUUUUGCACAUGCAAAAUGGACUCAGUAUUUCGGACUCCGUGCACCACCGUUUUACCAAAAAGCUGUGACAAAUUGUGCGGGCGUGGAAGCCAGGCACCUCGGAUUAUGUUACAAAUUACGACAGCGCUAUUGCGGGCAUAAUUAAUUUUUGUCUCUGACAUUUGAUUUAUUGGUCUGCGUUGGUCAGCAUCUUUGGCUUGACUUCGAAAAAACAAAUGAGCAGCGAUUAAUAAGCGCGAAUCGCUCCUGGCCAUUACGCACCUGCGGCACAAACAGCCAACAAAAUUCGAGCAUCAACCUGCCACAGCUAGCUGGGUUUGCUGGGCGGUAUAACUUUACAGCAAAUUGUGGCCAAGAUAAGAGCGGAUGGCCAAGAGCCACAAGCUGAAAAUAGUGGUGAAAAAAAUCACCAUUUUAUGUGUAUUAAAAAUGUGAACAAAAACGAACAGGAGCGAGCACAGAUUUUGUUUGCGGUUCGUUGAGCACACAAUAAUUCCAUCAGCAUCAGUGGCAGUAGGAAAAGUGGGCGUGGCAGGCGUGUGUGGGCGGUGGGGUAGAGAUAAAAGUGCUGGCAGCACUUUCGCUGCAUUGCUUUUUUUGUUUUUUUGCAGUUGUUGCGGUGUAUUGUGUGGGCAGUGCCACGAGGCGAAUGGUUAAUAAUCGAACAAAAAGGUCCUUAAAGCUGUCGCGCAGUGAGCAAACGUUUAUGCAAAGUAAAUUGAUAUGCAAACUGCAAAUUUCAAUGGCAAUUCAAACUUAAAUGUCCUAAUGCAGUUUUAUCUUUGUAAAACAAAAUGGUGGCCAGCUGGUAGUUUCCCGCAAGCAUUACCCCAGGGCUUAUGGUUUGCAUUUAACCAACAAAAAAUCUAACCUAAAGUUUUACAACAAAAUUGAUUUUUCAAUUUCAAAAUGAAUUGCCUGAAAUGAAGAAAACAAAAACUAUCAGUAUUUUAAUGCGAAAAUUGAAAUGCCAAGCUUAAAUCAAGUUCGCAAUGCGGAAAAGUGGCCAAACACUUAUUCAAUUCACCCGAAGUGGAAAUUCAAAUUUUCGAACACAAAUGCUAAUUCAAAUUAAAUGGAAAAACCCAGCCGUUUUCACGGUAAUUCCACCUCUUUGGCCACCGGAAAAUAGGAAGCACAAAAAAUGUCCCACUUUAAUCGGGCUUGUGUUUGCCAAAGCUAUAUUUUCAUCUGUAUAUAUGUACAAUAUAAAUGUAUAACAUAUAUUUUUCGGUUAAGCAUACAAGGCGGCUGUGCAGGGCCUUGAUGAAACUUUUCUAAUUAAAAUUGUGCGGCUUGUUGAAAGGUUUUUCCAACGGCGAGGGGCCGGCGAAGGGCGGGCGCGGAGAUAGCCAGUUUUAAUAGAAAUUACAUUAAUUAAUAUUUAAAAUAUGCUUAAAUACACAUUCCUAUGCAUUAAUUAAUACGGGCUGGCGGCACACAUACAGCGAGUAAACAAUGAAACGUGACUGGAACUAACAACGAAUUGCGCCAUAAGCCAAACGUUGGCAGGCAGGCACUCCAACU